UUGAAGGAAACUAGUUGGAAACGAGGAUCGGCUAGAGGAGACGUUUACCAAGUCUGGGAUUUCUUUCAAACCAGCGCUGUAUUCCUAUGCACGUUUCUGUUAAUACUACGAGAAUCUAGCCACGGUAUUAUCAACAUGCGUUUAUAGUUGUUCUGGAAUUCAUGCGGAUUACCGUUGAAGCACGGGCGAUUUGCACGAUUCCCGUGCGAAAUACCUGGUGGAGUUUGCACGUGGUGCGAUUCGGGGGUGACGCGCCUGAAGAGUCGGAACAAUAAUCUCCCGGUCCGGGAUGCUUGCACUGGCCUAUCCUGGACUACCAACGGACUGAACCGAUGUGGCUCUCCACAUAGAAAAGCAACAAAUCAACCCCCCAACUGCGACUGGGACACGGAGAGCCUUCGUUUCCCGACUCUCCCGUAAAACUGCUAAGACCAGCAUACACCAGUGGUCCUCACGAUGUCCAUCACCAACACGCCUACCAGCAACGAUGCGUGCCUCAGCAUCGUGCACAGCCUCAUGUGCCACCGGCAGGGCGGGGAGAGCGAGACGUUCGCCAAGCGCGCCAUCGAGAGCCUGGUGAAAAAGCUAAAGGAGAAGAAGGACGAGCUGGACUCGCUCAUCACCGCCAUCACUACCAACGGAGCGCACCCCAGCAAGUGCGUCACCAUUCAGAGGACGCUAGAUGGGCGUCUGCAGGUGGCAGGCAGGAAGGGUUUCCCUCACGUGAUCUACGCCAGACUGUGGCGUUGGCCUGACCUGCACAAGAACGAGCUCAAGCACGUCAAGUACUGCCAGUUCGCCUUCGACCUGAAAUGUGACAACGUCUGUGUGAACCCAUACCACUACGAGAGGGUGGUGUCUCCAGGGAUCGACCUAUCAGGCUUGACCCUGACCAGCUCAGUCCCCAGCACAGGUCUAAUGGUGAAGGAUGAGUAUGACUUUGAUGGUCAGCCAUCGCUGCCCUCCCUGGACGGGGGUGGCAGCCUCCAGACCAUCCAGCACCCCCCCUCCAGUCGCGGGGGCGCUGCCUCCGAGACCUUCAGCGCCCCCAACCUCCUGCCUCCCUCCGAGGCAGCCGCCUCAUCCUCAUCCUUCUCCGCCAUCGGCGCCGGAACAGGAAAUGCCCCCGCCAGCUGGAGCCGGGGCGGAGGCUUCCCCCCCAGCCUGCCCCACCACCAGAACGGACACCUGCAGCACCACCCCCCCAUGCCCCACACGGGACACUACUGGCCUGUAAAUGAACUGGCCUUCCAGUCUCCCAUCUCCAACCACCCAGCCCCAGACUACUGGUGCUCCAUCGCCUACUUUGAGAUGGACGUGCAGGUGGGGGAGACCUUCAAGGUGCCCUCCAGCUGCCCCGUGGUGACGGUGGACGGCUACGUGGACCCCUCAGGGGGCGACCGCUUCUGCCUGGGCCAGCUCAGCAACGUGCACCGCACCGAGGCCAUCGAGAGGGCCAGGCUCCACAUCGGGAAGGGCGUGCAGCUGGAGUGCAAGGGGGAGGGGGAUGUGUGGGUGCGUUGCCUUAGCGACCACGCCGUGUUCGUGCAGAGCUACUACCUGGACAGGGAGGCAGGCCGCGCCCCCGGAGACGCCGUGCACAAGAUCUACCCCUCAGCCUACAUCAAGGUGUUUGACCUGCGGCAGUGCCACAGGCAGAUGCAGCAGCAGGCAGCUACAGCUCAGGCUGCAGCCGCCGCUCAGGCCGCCGCCGUGGCGGGAAACAUCCCCGGGCCGGGCUCCGUGGGAGGCAUCGCCCCCGCCAUCAGCCUGUCUGCAGCAGCGGGGAUAGGAGUGGAUGACCUGCGCAGGCUGUGCAUCCUGAGGAUGAGCUUUGUGAAGGGCUGGGGGCCGGACUACCCCCGGCAGAGCAUCAAGGAGACGCCCUGCUGGAUCGAGAUCCACCUCCACCGGGCCCUGCAGCUGCUGGACGAGGUGCUCCACACCAUGCCCAUCGCCGACCCCCAGCCCCUGGACUAGCCUGACCCCCAGCCCCUGGACUAGCCCGACCCCUGGACUAGCCCGACCCCUGGACUAGCCCGACCCCUGGACUAGCCUGACCCCCAGCCCCUGGACUAGCCUGACCCCUGGCCCCAGCCUGACCCUUGACCCCCAGCCCUAACCUCCACCCAGGCCUCUAAUACACAAGACUCUCUAUCCAGUAUCCAUCACCAAGCUGUGGUCCCUGGGUACCAACUACUGCCCUACCUCCAUGAAAUAAACAAACGAACCAGCUCACCCCUACAAAACACCUGGACUGACCCAACCAACUGCCCUUAACCCUCAGUCAAGCCCUGGACUUAACCACCACAGCUAGAGAGCAGGGGUGUGGGGAGUCCUCUAUAGACUUGUCACCCGAGAGAGACCGGACAGGAGAGACCACUGUGUACCUACCUGCCUGUCAAGCCUUCCAUGGCAACAGAGACCCCUCUGUCUAACUUCGAAUGGUUCCUUCCUCUCCACGCCCAUAUUUAGACAAGAGGCCCCUCUUCUAUCGCUGUCAUGCCCUGUGAUUGGUCUUUUGGUCUCUGUUUCGAUCUAACCAAGACUGUGCUGUUAUUCAAUGCAGCACAGACCAACCAAUCAGAUUCUGUCUCUGAGGGAGGCAGGUUAUAAUUGUAGACUCAAUUAUGAAGUAAAAUAUUUACAUCUCUUCCCAGCAAUAUUAUGAUACCUGUUCUGGAUUUAUUUUUUUCCUUCUGUGAGCGUGUGUCUGUAUUUUAUGUCAGGAAAUUGUAAUGACUUUUUACUUUAGGAUUUUCUUCCUGUCAUGAUUUUAAAUUCCGUAUCACUUUUUGAUAUAGUCCUGACUGAGGUUUGACUAUAGUCCCACUCCUGCUGUACCGAGUUUCUGAUUGGCGUCGCUAGUUUCUUGUGUAAAUAGUCACUGUAGUCUUUUUUUUGAAGUGCAUGUGGAUGUUUGCAUGAAAGGUCAUCUCUGCCCUGGGGUCUGCAUGGGAGAUAAUGACAUGACUUGGGGGUUCACAUGGAUACUGUUCCCCUAGCGACCUUUGAUUUCAGUGUCGUGGCUUGAAGCAUAAAAUGUAGACUUUUUUUUCUCCACUAAGGAAAUGGAGUGUGGAUGAGAUGGUGCGGUUUAAUUCUUGACAGUUUGGAGCCGACCUUAGGCCCUGUUCUCCUUCUCUAAUGACCCAUCCUGGCUUCUUGGCAUUUUUGGGGCGAUCUCAUCGCUGUUGGUGUUGUCGAUAGAAACUCGUUAAAUCUCACUUAAUGUUCAAUUAAUUUAGCAUUUUGGACAUUUAAAGUCAUUAAUUUAGUCAACCCUGAAUAUGAAUUAUGAUCAACGAAAGAGUUUGGGUAUUUGUUCUGCUGUGUAAACUACACGUUCAGAUAUAGAGAAACUGAAUCUAAUGAAUUGUAUUUUCUUUUUUUGAGAGAACCGUUGCUGGAAUUAUUUUUGACAAUAUCCCUAUUCUUACACGACUUUCUCAAGCCAACUGACAUUUUUAUAUGACUUGCUGUUGGUUACCAUAGGAGGAUCAUGUAGAGUAUACACAAAAGGAAUAUCAUAAAGUUGCCGGUGAUUUGGACAGAUGUCACAUUUGACUUGUUUUUCUUAUGUGAAUAUAAUAAAUCUGACUGGUAUUAUA